AAGAGAGAGAGACAGUCGAGCGCGAACUCGUGGUGUGUGGAGAGGUGCCACCAGUCGGAGAGCCAGCGGAGACGGAGAGUCGGAGGUGGCCCGUGUCUGUGGCUCGCUGCGACUGCUGCUCGUCUGUUGUAACGUGACGCGAGAAGGUGCGUGUGCACGCGGCUUCGUCCGUCGGCGGCUUCGUCGCUCGCCCGUUACCUCUCCGUCGAGAGCGCGGCAGCACCGCGACACCGCGCGUCCACCGGGAGCACAGCAACGCGCGCGAGGUGCUCCGCCGCCGCCGCCGUCUCUGUCGCUCUCUCCCUCCCUCCCUCCCGCCCCUCCUUCUGUCCUCCUCGCUCUUUUCCUCCUUUUCUCUCUCCCUCUCUGUCUUUCUCCUUCUCUCGCCCGCCCGCCCGCUCGCUCACUCGCUCAUUCGUGUCUCUCUCUCUCUCUCUCUCUCUUGCGCUCUCUCUCUCUCUCUCUCUCUCUCUUCCGUGCACACGAGUGUGAUCGGUACAGUGCGACCAGUGCGACGUGAUACGUUCUCGCUCGCGGAUCGUCCUUCGCUGUGCUCGCGCGAUAGGCGCCUCGCCGCUACGGAGCGAGGAGUCGGGUCGUGGAAAAGACUGUCAGGAGUGCCUUAUACCGCUCGCGAUUCUCUCGGGCUGGCUCGUACGACGCGACGCGACGCGACACGCGACGCGAUACGAUACGAUAUUAUAUACGAUUGCGCUCACGCCGUGGGACGACGGGAGCCCGGGCGGACACGGAGAGGAGAGGAGAGGAGAGGAGCGGAGAGAAGGAGCGCCGCGGCGCGCUGCGGACGAGCGACUGCGGGAAGCGAGCGAGAGGCGAGCGAGCGAGCGAGCAAGAGCGAGAGAGAGAGAAAGAGAGAGAGCGAGAGAGAGAGAGAGAGAGAUCGGCAUCGCCGUGCAGAGGCCGCACACACGCAGCUACCGAUAAUCCGCGGCGGCGCGUGAGCAGGAGGGGUCCGCCGUAAGGAUGCUGUACGCUUUCGCGGAGAUCGAGAGGCCACGAGUCGUCGUACCACGAGCAGCAGCAGCAGCGCCGCGCAGCAGCAGCGCGACCAGCUGAGAAUGUCGGAGCAAAACGGGCCCAGCGAGGGCCCAGGACCAGGGCCCGGGUCGGACGGCGGCUGGUGGCCGUCUUCCACGCAGACCUGGAAGUCCACCGCGGCCGUCGUCUCGUCCUCCGCAUCGGCGCCGCCAGGCUCCGCGUCCGUCUCCGUCUCCUGCGCCGCCGCGUCCAGCUCGACGAGCUCCUCCACCUCGACCAUCUCGUCCGCGACCUGUUGCCCCUCGUCCUGCAUCGGAGUAUCCUGCACGAUGAGCCCGAGCCGCCCCACGGAGACGGAGAAAAACGUAUCCAUCACGACUAUUAACGUGCCCCCCAGCCAAGAGAUGCACGACGAUAAGGGAGUAUGUAAAUAUCUGGGAGGACAGAACGGCGUGACGGUGUCGGUGGUAUCGACCUCCGUGCUGGGAUGCGGCAACGCGAACGCCGUCCCGACGUCCGGGAUUUGCGCGAGCAGCGGCCCGCACAACAUCGGCAUCGGGAUCGGCAUCCUCGCGGCGAACGCGGCCGACAUCGACGACCCGGAGGAUAGCGACGGCGAGAUCAGCAAGAUCGACUUCAGGGGCGUGAACCUGCGCUCGAAGAAGAAGCGCGACGUGUCCGGCAGCCAAAACGGCGACAAGAUCGGCGACGGGGAUGCGAACGGCGACGGUGGCGGAUGUUGCGACGGCAACGACAACUCGCAGCAGCAACCCGAAAGACCCAUGUCGUGGGAGGGGGAACUGUCGGACCAGGAAAUGUCUUCGAAUACAAUUACCGAUCAGGACGAUCACAAGGAAAUCUCUAUGGAAGGGGUUCAAGUUUGCAGCACGAGUCCCGAACCUAUGGAGCAGAAGUUUCAGAUCAAGUCUGAGCCAGAUUUCCGAUCUAGCACGGGCUUCACAAUAGGAUCGUUCCACGACGUCGGGCUGCCAAUGACGCAUAGCCAACAGUUGCAGCAGCAACAGCAGCAGCAGCAGCAGCAGCAGCAGCAGCAACAGCAGCAACAACAGCAGCGUACCAUCGAGACCCUCGAGCAGACUCAGCAGAAUGACCUGCCGCUGCUCGUUGGUAAACUGCUCGGUGGAUACAAUAGUUCGACACCUAAUCACAGUCCCGUUCUAAAUCCACGACAUCAUUUGACGAAACACAGCCACACUAGGUCACAGGUACCUUCGCCAGAUUCGGCUAUUCAUUCCGCGUACAGCGUCUUCAGCUCGCCGACGCAGAGUCCUCAUGCGGCGCGACAUUCCGCCUUAGGUGCCGGCAGCCCGAUACCCUCGUCGUCGUUGUCGCUCUCCCGGCACAGCUUCAACAAUUCGACCUCCUCGCUGUCGCUCUCGCUGUCGCAUUCUCUCUCGAGGAAUAACUCCGAUGCGUCCAGUAGCUGCUACAGCUACGGUUCACUCAGCCCGCCAACUCACUCGCCCGUCCAACAGCCACGUCAUCCGCACUCACACUCGCAACAUCAUCAAGUCGCGCAAGGUAGUCCGUUACACUUGCCGGCGUCAGCAGCAGUCACGAGCCACCAUUAUUCGACCUCUUCUCUGCCGGGGUCCGAGCUAUCCCCAGAUGGACAUCCUGUUGCGGAAGACCAGGAGGACUGCAGGAUCCCGUCGGCGCCGUCCGGUAUUUCCACCAGGCAGCAGCUGAUAAACAGCCCAUGUCCGAUUUGUGGUGAUAAGAUAAGCGGCUUCCAUUACGGUAUCUUCUCGUGCGAAUCGUGCAAGGGUUUCUUCAAGCGCACCGUCCAGAAUCGCAAGAACUAUGUGUGCCUUAGAGGCGCAGGUUGUCCGGUCACCGUGACCACGAGGAAGAAGUGCCCGGCCUGCCGCUUCGACAAGUGCCUGAACAUGGGUAUGAAGCUCGAGGCGAUCAGGGAGGAUCGUACGAGAGGUGGAAGGAGCACGUAUCAGUGCACCUACACUUUACCGGCGAACCUCGUUGGGAGCCCUGCCGGCGGCAUGACCAGCGAGAAACUCACAACGACUGGUAAUUGCAGCCCGGCGCCGGCCGGCAGCGAGCACCAUUACCCUAUUCGACAUCAUUCGAAUCAUUCUCACAAGAUGCAGGUGGUGCCGCAAUUGUUGCAAGAUAUCAUGGACGUGGAGCAUCUCUGGCAUUACAAUGAUAACGACCGGAUAAGCGGCGGAGGGUCCGUCGGGAACAUCGCGAGGAACUCCACCGCUAGUGACUCCAGUAUGCUGCUGGGUGGAGCCGGAAGUGGGUCAGCGUCGACCGUCAGCGGACCUGCGGCCGGCAUAGGCGCCGGUAACAGCGGAGGUGCGGUGGAAUGUCCGUCGAACGACUUCGGCGCUAACGUCGACGCUAACAACAGAAGAGGAGACUCCACGACACCCUGCCCUACUGGCGUCUCGACCUCCGCCGGCCCGGGUGAUCAACGCUCCACGAACGGUAACACCGCGAACAACAGCAAUCCGCAGAUCGGCAGUAAUCCCAACAGCAAUUCGACGCAACACUCAGACUCGCAAGUGUCCAAUCUGUGUAACAUUGCGGACCACAGGCUCUAUAAGAUAGUCAAGUGGUGCAAGAGCCUGCCGCUCUUCAAGAAUAUCUCCAUUGAUGAUCAGAUCUGCUUAUUGAUUAAUUCCUGGUGCGAAUUGCUGCUUUUCUCAUGCUGCUUCCGCAGCAUGGGCACCCCCGGUGAAAUAAGGGUGUCUCUCGGCAAGUCGAUCACUCUAGAGCAAGCGAGGCAGCUUGGUUUAGCGACCUGUAUCGAGAGGAUGCUCGCUUUCACCAACAAUCUGCGAAGGCUUCGAGUGGAUCAGUACGAAUAUGUGGCGAUGAAGGUGAUUGUGUUGCUGACCUCCGACACGAGCGAGUUAAAGGAGCCUGAGAAGGUCAGAGCUUCUCAGGAGAAGGCCCUUCAAGCACUGCAGCAAUAUACGAUCGCGAGGUACCCGGAGAUGCCCGCCAAGUUUGGCGAGCUGUUAUUGAGAAUUCCAGAUCUACAGAGAACAUGCCAAGUGGGUAAAGAAUUGCUCAGUGAGAAACGCGCCGAAGGAGAAGGCAGCUCGUUUAACCUUCUGAUGGAAUUGUUGAGGGGAGAUCACUGAAUUUUCAACGAAGUGAGCAAUGCCAUUCCACGCUUAUAGGAUCCAUAAGCUUAGGGAAUCGGAUAUAGUAGCACAUAAACCAUACUGGAGAAGAAGAAAUAAGAGGAAAGGCGGAGGACAUAAGGUCUUAAACUAUAUUGGUGAUUUGGUGAGGGAACUGCAUUUUUCGUAGGCCGCAUUCCGGAGUCGAGCGUGCUGACUCGGCACUGAUAGAUAUCAAUCGAUUCUAAAGUAUCGUUAUUGCCGCAACUGUGAACGUUCAUUUCGCAUAGCUAUGCUGCAUUAGCUAUACAGUGAUACACUGUUAUUAUUAGUGGUAUCUUUCACUGUUAAUAACUUGUUAUCAAUAGAAUUGUCUAGUAUUUAGCUAUGGCAAAUGAACGUGAGCGACGCUGACAUGUAGAAUCGGCAAUACCGUCAGCACACUUCGGAACGCAGACGUAACUAAGGCGUAUCAGUCUGAUAAUGAUAAAGUAAAAAAAGGAGCUCCUUUUACACACAUCGGAAUGCGCUUCCAUACAGGUCGUGCGCGUGUACGCAUUUCUGUUUCUCUUCCCGUUUUCUUUUUCUUUCUUUUCGUUUUCGUAAACAAACGAAUUUCGAAGCGGCCUAUAUACGGUAUGGUAUGCUGAAACGAGGAGGAAUUCAGUGUACGUGUAAAUGCAAAUGAGACUGAAAGUGUUAAUUGUCGGAGACACAAAAAAGCAUUUACUAUUGACGAUACGAUAUAUUACGAUGAUAAGUAAUAAGUGUAUAAAUACGGAGAUGCUAUCAAAUGGCAUCAAAAUGCUGAAAUUCUAUAAUAGGAAGCGAAUGUAAGCUAUUCGAGCGCGAGCUUUACAGUGGCCCGCGCGAUUCUAUAGACAGAGUUGACCUCUAACGAUUAUAAUAGAACAACCAGUAUUUUGUAUCGUUCUGCGCUUACUUAAGAACAGAGCAUAGCCAUGCCUUAUAAUCCCGGUUAUGAAAGUGUACUUAAAACGUAAUACAUGAAUCGACCAAUUAUCUACUUAUAGUUAAUCUUGGAGUAAUUAAUUCAUAUGCUUAGUUAGGGUAUCGACCGUGUAAUAUGUGGCUUAUAUCGAUCACACAAAAUACAUCUUUUAUUCUCUUUAUAUGUUUUAACAGCCCGCCGGUGGAAACGAAAAUUCGACGAGUUUCGAUUGGCGCAAAUGUCAUAAAAAUUUUCCUACGUGAUGUUAACACUGAGUGUAGCUGAGUAUAACUGCUAUCUUUUUUGUCUUUUGGAGCAACGUGUCUUUCAGAGCAAAAAGCAAUCGGCUUAUAUAGCUCUACUUUUAUUUGUAGAAACGUUUUUAUGUACUUUUAUUAUAUUAGAGAAAACUCUAGAAAUUCUUAAACGGCAAAUCAAAUCAAAUGUAUCUUCCUCAGUCUCGAGUAUCGAGAGAAAUGUGUUAUUUUGAAAUGUACCUUGCACUAUGCACUGACGCAUAAAGAGACAAAGAGACAAAUUUGCUAAACAAAAUUACGAAACGAAUACAAGUAGACGCGAAAGCAGGAAAUUCUUUUCUAUGAUUUGACAACUGGAAAAUUUGUUCAGCUGGCUGCGCAAAAGAGACUGCGGAAGAUACAUUGUUUACACAUUUAUAAAUAUAUUAAAAUAUAUAUAUAUAUUUUGCAUGUAAUAUAUGAGUAAGAUAUAAUUUCGAGGAGAAAUAUCAAUUUGCGUUUCUUUCAAUACAUUGUCGGCAAUCUUAUUAAAUUUUA